AUGGUUGCUGGUGGUGGAGUUGUGUCUUCAUCCGGCACGGAUGUCUACCGGGCUUUGCCAAAUAAUACCAAUGCCAGCUGGUUCAAGGACAAGGGCCUACGGCGUCUGAAUUUUGGUGUCAUGCUCAUGUUCGCAUCCGCUGCGGCCAAUGGAUACGAUGGUGCUUUGAUGAAUGGGCUCCUGACGCUUCCUAUGUUCGCGAAAAAUGUUGGCGAGGAUAUCAGCUCCAAUAUGGAGGGCCUGAUCAUUUCAGGUAUCUCCCUGGGCGGCACUGUCACCUUUAUACCAGCUUCCUACUUCGCCGAUCACUUUGGCCGUAAGAUGUCCGUCGGACUUGGAUCAGCCAUCAUGAUUAUCGCCAGCGUUAUCCAGGCGGCAACCACUGGCCGUUGGGCCUUCUUUGGCACAAGGAUCACAAUGGGUGUCGGGCUAGGGUUUGCGCAGACGGCCGCCCCUCCGCUGACGACCGAGAUUGCUCACCCAAGACACCGUGGUGUCGUGACGGCCAUUUUCCAGGCUACCUGGUACUGGGGUGCUAUCCUGGCAGCUGCGGUGUGCUUGGGAACUCUUUAUAUCGAGGGGAAUGCAUGGUCCUGGCGGGUUCCUUGCCUCGUACAAUGUGUCUUCCCGGCCAUUCAAUUGCUAGGGCUGCUGAUUGUCCCAGAAAGUCCCAGGUGGCUCGUGUCGAAGGGCAGACGAGACGAAGCCUUGCAAAUUCUCGCGCGCUACCACGGGAAUGAUGACACUUCAGAUCCAUUGGUUCAGUUUGAGUUCAGUGAGAUAUGCGGAGCAAUCGAUCUGGAGACCUCGGCUGCCUAUAAGAGUGGUUGGUCUGCAUUCGUGGCAACCAAGGGUACUCGACAUCGUCUUGCCAUUUGCAUUCUGGUCGGGUUUAUGAUCCAGUGGGCAGGAAAUGGCGUCAUCUCCUACUACCUCGCGCCGAUCCUUCGAUCGGUGGGCAUCACCAAUCCCAGCCAGCAAUCAGCCAUCAACCUAGGUCUCCAGGUUUGGAAUGCAGGUUGCGCAGCAGGAGGCGCCGUUGCAGCCGAGAGGUACGGGCGACGCCCUCUUUGGAUGCUGUCAACUGUGCUCAUGCUCCUCUUCUUCGCCCUGGUCACUGCAUUAUCCGCUGUUUUUGCCGAAUCGGCCAUCAAGGCUGCCGGUAGUGCCGUGGUGGCAUUCCUCUACCUCUUCUACGGCGCUUACGACAUCGCCUACACCCCCCUAUCGAUUGCAUACCCCGUCGAGAUUAUGCCGUUCUAUCUUCGCACGAAGGGCCUGUCGUUGAGCCUAACAGCGCAAUUUGCGGCGGGUUUCUUCAACCAGUUCGUGAACCCUAUCGCUCUCGGUGCAAUAGAGUGGAAAUUCUAUUUUAUAUACCUUGGGCUUCUUGUUUGCUUCAUUGGCAUUGUAUACUUUGUGUUUCCCGAGACAAAGGGCCACACUCUUGAAGAGAUUGCUGUUAUCUUCGACGGUCCAGGAGCAGGGAUGGAGGUGCAGCGGGAUCUGGCUGCUAUUAUUGCAGUCGACAGGGAGAUAAAGGCUCCUAUGAAGGAGGAGUUGGAGCACGCUCCAUGA